UUUAGGGUUCCACCGUUUCAAUGUCAGCUUCAGACGACCAAGUGUGGGUCGUCUUCAGGAGGAGGUCUCUUCUCUCCUGCUGCGUCCCCUUCACCGACGGUGAUGAGGUCGACGUAAAGGUUGAGAGAAGAUCGUUGUUGCGGAGGAGGCUCACUUCAGCUGCGCACAGCAUCAGAAAGUGUUGGCGCCCAUUUGUAAGUUGCUUUCCCAAGCUUCAGGUUUUGAUUGUGUGCAGAAAGUCUGGGAACCGCGGUCUACUAAGAAGAAGACACCUGCUGAAAGAAUUCAGCAAGGCUUCAAGACAUUCAAAAGUGUAUAUCAGUAUAAGGAAUCCAGGCUUCUACCAGAAUCUAGCAGCUGGACAACAUCCCAAGUUCAUGGUUAUUGCAUGCUCCGACUCAAGAGUGUGUCCCACGACGAUUCUGAACUUUCGACCAGGAGAAGCAUUUGUUGUUCGGAACAUUGCCAACAUGGUGCCUCCGCCGGAACAGGCUGGUUAUCCUGGAACGAGUGCAGCUCUCGAGUAUGCAGUAAGAGUUCUCAAGGUCGAGAACAUUCUGGUGAUUGGGCAUAGCAGAUGCGGAGGUAUAGACGCCCUCAUGACUUUGAAAGAGAACACAAAGAGAUGGAGGUUCAUUGAUAACUGGGUAAAAAUCGGUAUUCCGGCUCGAGCUGCGGCCUUAGAAGCAACUCGGAAGAAUCCGUCAUUACAGCACAAGUGCAGGACAUGCGAGAGGACUUCUGUGAACGGUUCACUGGUAAAUCUUCUGCGUUUCUCAUUCGUCAAGGAAGCAGUAAGCAAUGCCAAGCUCCAACUCCACGGUGGUUACUACAACUUGGCUGAAGGCUCUUUCGAGUACUGGAAGUUUGGAGCUAAUGGAAAGUCGGGCAAAGUGUUGAAGUUUUAGAAUCGUAAAGAGG